AUGUGGCUCAAACUCAUCGCCUUCGCGGCGCUGCUCGAAUACAUCCUCAUCAGACCCAAGAUCCUCCCAGCUAGUGAGAAUGGCUAUGCCGACUUCAUUGGGCUCGUGAUGUGUCACUCGAUUCUCGUACGAGUCUCCCAUCCACAUCACCCAACUUCCAUCACUAACGCGCCCCAUGCAGGCAUUCUUCGGCAAGAUCAACAUGAAAGACCUCAACGAGCGACAGUGUAAGACGGUGCUUUGGAAUGGAGCGAUGGGUGGUGGACUCGGCUACGCAUGGCUGCUGUUCCAUCUGAAGGCGCCGGAGAGGGAGAUUCAUCAUUUGCUCGUGGCGAAUUUGAUGAUCCUCGCUGGAGUCUUGACUGGUGCUUGGGCGGAGAGGUGGAAGAAGGGCGGCAGAUGGCGGCGGGAUGUUGGAAGAAGACUGUGA